AUGACGUAUUUGCAGAUUUUGGAUUUGAAGAGAAUGGAGAUUUUGAAUUCGGUGAGACGCACCCUGACCCUGGCAGGUCACAGACCGGAUGGCUCGGUCGCCUUGCGCACUCACCUCUUCACAACAUUCCUCGUCUGCUACGCCAUGGACCUGAUCUACAGCAUGUUCCUCGAAAGCACAGGCGACAUCAAGAAGAUACUUGUCGUCAAAGAGCUGACCAGCAUCGUCAUGGCUCUUGUUCUCAUUCCUGGGUCUCCUGGAGUCUACAAACUGUGCCAAGUUGUCGAGGCUCAAAUGCGUCGCAACAUUUUGCAGCCGAUAGUUCCCGAAGUGGCGCAAAUCAGAAGUCAGCUUGAUCUCGAGCAUAAUAAGACAGGUAAAAAGAUAUACAAGACGUUGGUUUUGAUCAUAAUAGUUUAUGUGUCAGUUCCUGUCUUGCAGUCAGUAUUUAUCAUAGCAAUUCAUAAGAUUCCGAUACUCUCUAAAUUCAAAAUGAUGAUAAUCAGAAAUCACAAUAACGAGACCAUCAUGAAAACACUGGAUGUCGAAGAAGAUCUCCCUCUAGUUUUCCAUUUCUACUAUCCUCCUGGAUUAGCAACGUUAUGGUUCUACUUUAUAUUGUCGUCGUGUCAUGCAAUGUGGUGCAUAUGGAUUUGUUUGUACUUGUACAGCAUCUUCAAUUCAGCUAUGAUGUCCAUAAAAAACACCAUAUCUGAGAUGAAAGCUUUGGGGGUUGCAUUUGAAAGGAUAGAUGAGAUAACUGGCCAAAAAAUAGAUAAAGAAAAAUUUGUAGAAAAUAUCAACUAUCCAGUUGAUAAUAUUAACAACCAAGCAAAUAAGAUACUGCUCAAAGAUUACUUCAGACUCAUUGUAAUACAACAUCAGCUAGUUUGCAGGGAUUUGAGAUCCAUAGACCAAGGUUUGAAAACUGUUAUUGUGGCCUUGGAUGUUGCAUUUGGUCUGCACAUGUGUCUAGCUAUCUACUGCAUAAUAAAGAUGGAAAGCUUCUCUUUGAAAAUUGAUUACACCGUAUUAUUGUUCUGGCUGAUGACUAUAGUAUACAAUUAUUCAGCUAUUGGCCAACAAAUCACUAAUGAGGGAGAUGCCCUAACGAUGAAAAUCUACGACUCUGCAUGGAUAGAUAAACCACAAAGUAUCAAGAAAUCUCUACUUCUAGUUUUAACAAGAGCCACUCGAAGAAUGGAGUUGAAACCGUACGGUAUCUAUGUGCUCAAUCUGACAAGUUUCAAAAAUGUAAGUUGGUUCAUUUUUCACCCAAAAUUUAUUUAUAAGUUAUAA